UUGGGAAGGUGGGAAACUCUGCUAGUGUGAGGAAUGCCUCUCCUUCAGGACAGGUUUCCUCCAGGAGGCGCACGGGUGGUGGUAGCAAGUGGGAGCCACGGAGGCACUGUCUAGAUGCGGCCGGAGACUCCGUGGCUUGGUUAUGGGGAGUGGCCCCACCGUACCCAACAUGGCAGCUCCUAGCUGAAGAAACCCCGACGCCCACUUCCGGGUUCCGUACCGCUGGCCAGGCUACUUCCGGCAGCGCGAUGGCUGGGUUCCCGGGACUCGAACGGAAGUUCCGGCGGGGGCGGUAGAGGGGGAAGAGUGUGUGUCUGUGCGGGAGAGAGAGGAGAAUCGCCCGAGAGGUCUCGAAACCCCCAGGAGUGGAGGAUUCUGUCCCCUUCCUGGCCUUGCUCUUGACCGCUGCCCCGAAUGUGCACAGGCCCCAGCCGUGGAGCCCUGCAGUGUAUGUGUGGUAACACCAUGUCUGUGCCCCUGCUCACCGAUGCUGCCACUGUGUCUGGAGCUGAGCGGGAAACAGCUGCGGUUAUUUUUUUACAUGGCCUUGGAGACACAGGGCACAGCUGGGCUGACGCCCUCUCCACUAUCCGGCUCCCUCAUGUCAAGUACAUCUGUCCCCAUGCGCCUCGGAUCCCUGUGACACUCAACAUGAAGAUGGUGAUGCCCUCCUGGUUUGACCUGAUGGGGCUGAGUCCAGAUGCCCCAGAGGACGAGGCUGGCAUUAAGAAGGCAGCAGAGAACAUCAAGGCCUUGAUUGAGCAUGAGAUGAAGAAUGGGAUCCCUGCCAAUCGGAUCGUCCUGGGAGGCUUUUCACAGGGUGGAGCCCUGUCCCUCUACACAGCCCUCACCUGCCCCCACCCUCUGGCUGGCAUUGUGGCAUUGAGCUGUUGGCUGCCUCUGCACCGGGCCUUCCCCCAGGCAGCCAACGGCAGUGCCAAGGACCUGACCAUCCUUCAGUGUCACGGGGAGCUGGACCCCAUGGUUCCCGUACGAUUUGGGGCCCUGACAGCCGAGAAGCUCCGGUCUGUUGUCACACCCGCCAGGGUCCAGUUCAAGACUUACCCCGGUGUCAUGCACAGCUCCUGUCCUCAGGAGAUGGCAGCUGUGAAGGAGUUUCUUGAGAAGCUGCUGCCUCCUGUGUAACUACAGUUGCUGGCCCCCAGCGCAGUCCCCCAGCUCAUGGGGGACUUGGCACGCGCGGCACCAUCUUGGAUCUGAGCCGGUCGAGCCCCUUUCUCACCCUCCUGGACCCUUCCUUUUCCCACAGGCCUCUGGGGCAGGCAGGCCAAGGCCUGGCCGGGCCUCCCUUCCUGGCUUCAGCCACCUGGCUGUCUGCCGCAGGGGGUGGGCUGCUUUCUUAUCCUAUUUCCCUGGAGGGGGGGCCCCCCUGGCAGCAGUAUUGGAGGGGCUGUAGGCAGCGGGAGAAAGGGGCCCAGCCGCUGACCCACUCACUCAGGACCUCACUCACUAGCCCCACUUUGGGCCCCUCCUGUGACCUCAGGGUUUGGCCCCUGGGGCCCUCCCAGGCCCCACCUCCCACCCUCUCCCGCCAGCUGAUUCUGCCCAGAUAAUCGUGUCUCUCCUGCCUCCACUCCAGCUGCUUCUCAAUCAGGAAUGUGUCCGUGGCCCGGGCCCCCUUGCUGCUGUGGGCUCCCUGCCCCUGCGCAGGAGUGUGGGUGACGGGGCGGAGUCCUUCGAGGGGGCCUCCCCUCAGCCAUUCUGACUUGGGGGCUGGGCCCUGCCUCCCCAUUACCCUCCGCCCCUGCGGGCCUGGAGCCUGCAGGGCUGGACUGAGGCUCAAGGUCUCCCCCAGCUGCCUCACCCCACGUUGUCCCCACGCUAGGGCCGGGGGGAGGUGGGGAGGAGUCAUGUCUCGUCUUCUGUCUCCAUGUAGUUUUGGGUGUUUUUCUUGUUGUGUCUGGAUUCCGGUAAAAUUAAAGAAAUUGCUUCAA